AUGAAGCUCACUCCCAUCUUCGUACGCGGCAAGAAACGGAAACACCUACACCCAGUACUACAGCUUGCUGCCGCGAGGACCAAAACGUCACCACGACCGGUAGAAAUUUCUUCAAGUUCAACACCUGAGCCAAAGCGACAGCGGAAAGCAAAGUCAAAAUCCAAAAGCAAACGCACAAAACCCGUCAUGUCAGCAAUACCAGCAUUAGGCAGCCUUCCUCAGGAGUUGCUUGAAAUCAUCUUCUUGUACAGCAUGAACAUGGCGCUGCCGCGAUGCUCCCAUGCUUUAGGCAGGAAGUUGUCCGCCCGAACAGUAACAAUGGACUUUACCAUGCAGGCCUUCUUUCACACCGUGGAUCACCGGACAAACUACCGCGAUCGCCUAGUCACCAGCGACGCCUCUCUCCAAUCUGACAUCCUAUCCUGUCGUUUCUUCACCUACGAUUUCUUCUUGGCAUAUGUGCAGCGCGCGCACGAUGCAAUGAUCAAGUUGCGCGGAAAAGCGUGGGAAGCUACUGGAGUCUCUAUCCCAGGCGUGUCACAUUUCGACGGACUAUGGCCGUUCAAGUUUACCAAAAUCCCGUACCUGGCUUUCGCACCAGGCUUCUAUAUCCCGGAGAAACUGCUACACGGACCGUGGACAAAAGAUAAAGCAUCGCUACUAUAUGUCUUGGUGAGCUUCAACGGGGAGAUUGACUGGGAGGGUAGCAUGGCGGGCGAGGUGGCGAAGACGGGUAUGCAACAAGCGAUUGUGGAGGAGAAUGAGCAUGCGGUUGCAGCCUUGGCAGUAUUGUUGGGCAUCACAAAGGCCAUCACCACCGAAACUCUACGUCAUGCUGUCAUUCACUGCGGCUGCAAUAUUAACAUUCUUCGACACCUCCUAUUCAAUGCGCAAAUUCUUGCUGGAGAGGCAACUAGCACGCUAGACUUCUACGACCCUGCGCUGUGGGCAUGGGCCGACCUCAACGGCCACAAGGGAGAGACGCUCAAAGACAUGUUGAAGCGCGCAGAGGCCUUCGAUCUGGAGUUCUACUUCGACGACAAUGCUGACUGGUCCAAGAUUGUUUCUUUCCCAUACGGUGGAAGCAAGUUCGAUGCAAGAACAGCUUUCAGUGAUGUCGUCAGGGAGCUCUUGAUGAAUCUUUACCGAAACUAUGGUAGAAAGAUCACACGUAGAAGGGUAGCAACGAACGGACAGAGGGUUGCAGGAGAUGAUGCGGAUGAUGAUUGAUCAGGAUUCUCUUUUCUACAUAGUUUGCCCGUGGAGUAUAGAAUCUGCGCUUAGUUAAUGUACAAUUUUCUGCCG